AUGUCCACAACCCCCGCCUGGACCCUCACACCCGUAAUCAAAGACCCCUCCUGCACCUCCCUCCCCCCACAAACCCGCUGGCUCACCACCCGCCAACACAACUUCCACAACAAACCCGACGCCAUGCGGCGCCUCGGCGCUGCCAGCGUGGAGAUGGGGCUCCGGACGGUGGCAAGCAAGGGGUUCUUUGGGAAGAGUGCGGUGGGGGCAGAUGGAGUGCGGCGUGUGUGGACGGAGGGGGCGUGA